UCCUUUCCCUUUUAUAUAUAUACAUAAAUUAUUGUUUUUCUUUGCUGAUUGGGUUUUGCAUGUGUUGGUUUUCUCUCUGGCUGUCUGAGCACUUUGUAAAUUAUUAUUUUUUUACUAUUUUCUUUUCAUCAUCAACCAUACAACGCCAAUAUAAAAUUAUGUUAAAACCCAAGUGUUCUUCUUGUGAAUAUACUUUGGGUUUUAUUAACAUUUUCCAGAGCUGUCUAAUAAUAAACCAUGGCUAGUGGGCUUUGGACCUUGUGGUGCUUGGAAUCUUGAAUUCAUGAUAGUUUGAGGCAGAAGUUCAGUUAGUCUGGUUUCAAAGACCAAGUAUUUAGUUUUUUUUUUUUUUUUGUCUGAACAAGACAUGGAGGAGGUCUUGUUGAUCUCAAGAUUCAUUACAAGAAGUUUGAUUUUGUUGAGUCUUUGGUUCCUAUGCUUCCCUCCAGGAGUUGUCUGCGACACUGGAAAUGUGUCAGCUUCUUCAAAUUCUUCUUCAAAGCCAAAAGUUAUAAACAUUGGAGCUUUGUUCACGUUGAAUUCAGUCCUUGGAGAAGCAGCAAAUCGUGCAAUUCAAGCUGCCGUUGAUGAUGUCAAUUCUGAUCCCACCAUUCUUAAUGGGGUACAAUUGAAACUCCUCAUAAGCGACACAAACUGCAGUGGGUUUAUUGGAACCAUGGAAGCUUUGCAGCUAAUGGAAAGUGAUGUUGUUGUUGCAAUUGGUCCACAAUCUUCUGGAAUAGCUCAUGUCAUCUCCCAUGUUGUUAAUGAGCUUCAUGUCCCUCUUCUUUCAUUUGGAGCUACAGAUCCUACUCUUUCUUCCAUGCAGUAUCCAUAUUUCCUCCGUACUACACCAAGCGACCACUUCCAGAUGUAUGCGAUUGCUGAUAUAGUUGACUAUUAUGGCUGGAGGGAAGUAAUAGCGAUAUUUGUGGAUGAUGAUUAUGGAAGAAGUGGGAUUUCUGUUUUGGGUGAUGCCCUGGCCAAAAAACGUGCCAAGAUUUCUUAUAAGGCCGCCUUCAGCCCUGGAGACACCGAAAGUAAGAUUAAUGACUUGCUUGUGGAGGUUAACCUGAUGGAGUCUCGUGUUUAUGUAGUUCAUGUGAAUCCAGAUACUGGUCUGAAUAUCUUUUCUGUUGCUAAUGCUCUUAAUAUGAUGGGUAGUGGCUAUGUUUGGAUUGCUACAGAUUGGCUUCCUUCAUACUUAGAUUCAAAGGACGCAGUUGAUUCUAACACAAUGAAUAUCUUGCAAGGGGUUAUCGCUCUCCGCCAUUACACCCCUGAUACUGAUCUCAAGAAGAGUUUUAUGUCUAAGUGGAACAACCUAAAAUAUAAGGGAAGUGCAGGUCAUGCAGGUUUCAAUUCAUAUGCGCUUUAUGCUUAUGAUUCGGUUUGGUUGGCUGCACAUGCCCUUGAUGUUUUUCUCAAUGAAGGUGGGAAUUUAUCUUUCUCUUAUGACCCGAAAUUGCAUGAUACAAAUGGCAGCAUGCUGCAUCUAGCAUCCCUUCGUGUGUUUAAUGGCGGCGAACAACUUCUUCAAACACUUCUGAGGAUGAACUUCACUGGUGUAAGUGGACAGAUUCAGUUUGAUCCGGACAAACAUUUAGUUCAUCCAGCAUAUGAUGUUCUUAAUAUUGUUGGAACCGGAACUCGUAGAAUUGGUUACUGGUCGAAUUAUUCACAUCUAUCGGUUGUUCCCCCGGAGACCUUAUACACGAAACCUCCCAAUAUCUCUACUGGCAGUCAACAUCUUUACAGUGUAAUAUGGCCUGGUGAUACUACCUCAACACCGAGGGGAUGGGUAUUCCCUAACAAUGGGCAGCCUCUGCGAAUCGCUGUCCCCAACCGAGUGGGUUAUAAGGAGUUUGCCUCGAAAGACAAGAGUCCUCAGGGUGUAAGAGGAUACUGCAUUGAUGUCUUUGAAGCUGCAAUAAGCUUGCUCCCAUAUGCUGUUCCUCGCACAUAUAUGUUAUAUGGAGAUGGUAAAAGAAAUCCAAGCUAUAAUGAACUUGUCAGCAGGGUUGCUCAAAAUGUAUAUGAUGCUGCUGUUGGAGAUAUUACGAUUGUCACGAACAGGACAAAGAUUGUAGAUUUUACACAGCCUUAUAUGGAAUCUGGACUGGUUGUUGUUGCACUGGUGAAAGAGGCAAAGUCAAACCCUUGGGCAUUCCUCAAGCCAUUUACUGCAGAAAUGUGGUUUGUCACUGCUCUGUUCUUUCUUUUUGUUGGAGCUGUAGUGUGGAUUCUUGAGCACCGGAUAAACAGUGAAUUUCGUGGUCCUCCCAGACGACAGCUUAUAACAGUUUGUUGGUUUAGCUUCUCAACGAUGUUUUUCUCGCACAGAGAAAACACAGUGAGCUCUUUGGGACGAAUGGUGUUGAUCAUAUGGCUAUUUGUAGUUCUGAUUAUUAACUCGAGCUACACUGCUAGUUUGACAUCGAUACUUACCGUGCAGCAGCUAACAUCAGGGAUUCAAGGGAUUGAUAGCUUGAUCUCAAGUACUGAACCUAUUGGAAUCCAAGACGGUUCGUUUGCAUUUAACUAUUUGGUUGACGAGCUCAAUAUAGCACAAUCUAGGAUAGUUAAGUUAAAAAAUCCAGAAGCAUAUCUCAGAGCCCUUAAGCUUGGACCGAAGAAGGGUGGUGUAGCUGCCAUCGUUGAUGAGCUUCCUUAUGUCGAACUCUUCUUAUCAAACACCAAUUGUUUAUACAGGAUAGUUGGGCCAGAAUUUACAAAGAGCGGAUGGGGCUUUGCUUUCCAAAGGGACUCCCCUCUUGCAGUUGAUAUGUCAACUGCUAUCCUCCAACUCUCGGAAAACGGGGAUCUCCAGAAAAUCCAUAACAAAUGGCUGACACACAGCGAGUGCUCGAGUCAAGUCAACCAAGUGGACGAGAACCAACUUUCCCUUAACAGCUUUUGGGGCCUGUUCCUCAUUUGUGGCAUUGCUUGCGUACUGUCUCUUACUAUAUUCUGCUGUAGAGUCUUUACACAGUACCGCAGAUUCAGCCCCGAAGAUGAGGAAAGUGAGAUUGAGACAAUCGAACCGUCGAGGUCAAGUCGACGGUCCAUCCGCUCAACAAGCUUCAAGCAGAUUAUUGACUUUGUAGAUAAGAAAGAAGAAGAGAUUAAGGAGAUGUUGAAGAGAAAGAACAGUAAUAGUAAUAAACAACAAACUAGCAUCCAUAGUUUCUCAGAUGGUCAAGCAAGUUCACCUUCCUAAGAGAAAAAAAAAUCCAAACACAUUUUUGAUUGGAUAUUUGGAACUUCAAAUAUAUUUUUUUAUCUGUUUAUAUUAUAGAAUCUGAAUUAAUACAAAAUUCAUAAAUCCAAUUAUCAGAA